AUGGCAAAGUCCAGCCACAGCAAGAUAGUCUGCGCUACGCCUCACAACGACACCCAGCGAAAAGUUACAAAGCCUCCAAUAAAGGGCAAGGCGGCCCCGAAACCAACAAGCAAUCGGCUUAUGAAGGGCUGGGGACAUCGGGAUGAUUCUCCCGAUUUAUCUAAAAUCAUCACCAGCGACCCAAUGGACCCCAAGAACAUCAUUCAUGGAAAAAGAACGCGGAAUGACUCUCACAUGAACGAGUCACAGCUAGGCAAAGCUACAAGUCCAAUCACUCUACCAGACGACGACAAUAUAUCAAUUCAGACAGCAAACGCCCAUGCAGCGUCUCCCACGGCGUCCCGCAAACACAAAGACAGAACAUCUACAAGAUCCAUCGAGGAGCCGGUGCCCGACACGGACAGCGAUAACGAGCCGCUAGCGCAUAUCGAAGAGGACAAUACAGAAGACAAGAUCUCAGCUGCAAAACUCCGCAGCAGCAUUCUGGCCCUCCUCAGCCUUUCUUUGCAGGUCACCGACGACGUGUUGGCAUACAUGCAAGAUAUUGUCGGUCACGAGGUACAUGCACAGGAGCUAGAACGCGAUGUGGAAAGAGUAUUGACUGGGCGGGUGAAGAAGAGGAGGGUCAAAUUUGCGGCCUGA